UUAUGCAGCGUGCAGUUUAAGUAGUCUGAGUCCAGAGUAUGCACGUCCUCUUCUAACCUGCACGUUCGAAAAUGGCUGUCGGGAAAAAUAAAGGACUCGUUAAAGGAGGCAAGAAAGGCGCUAAAAAGAAAGUGGUGGAUCCAUUCACUCGCAAGGAUUGGUAUGAUGUCAAAGCACCUGCUAUGUUUAGUGUACGUAACAUUGGCAAAACACUGGUCAACAGAACUCAAGGAACACGAAUUGCCUCCGAAGGUUUGAAAGGUCGAGUGUUUGAAGUCUCAUUAGCAGACCUACAAAAUGAUGAAAUUGCUUUUAGAAAAUUCCGACUUAUUGCUGAAGAAGUUCAAGGACGUAAUGUUUUAACGAACUUUCAUGGAAUGAACCUAACUACUGAUAAACUUCGCUCCAUGGUGAAGAAGUGGCAGACUUUGAUUGAAGCUAAUGUGGAUAUAAAGACAACUGAUGGUUAUCUUCUUCGAGUAUUCUGUAUUGGCUUUACCAGGAAGUGGCCCAACCAAGUGAAGAAAACCUGUUAUGCUCAACAUACCCAGGUUCGAGAAAUCAGGAAAAAGAUGGUGGAGAUAAUGACUAGAGAAGUUUCUUCCAGUGACUUGAAAGAAGUUGUGAAUAAAUUGAUCCCAGACAGUGUUGGAAAAGAUAUUGAAAAGGCUUGUCAAGGAAUUUAUCCAUUGCAUGAUGUUAUGAUCAGAAAAGUAAAGGUGCUUAAGAAACCCAAGUUUGAAUUGGGUAAACUCUUAGAAAUUCAUGGUGAAGGUGCCGGAAAACCUACAACUACCACCACCACAGAAGAAGGAACUGUUAUAGAGAGACCAGAAGGUUAUGAGCCACCUAUUCAGGAGGCUGUUUAAAAUGCUGGAACUUGUGAAUAACAUUUCAAAAUAAAGAAUCGUAUAAGGACAA